UGUUGUGGAUUGCUGUUUGGCUGUCCACCAUUUUGGCUUGUCAGCCUUUUACAUUUCACAUUUCUGCAGUUCGUGAUUUAGCUGAUUUGACUUCUUGAUUUGAACUAAUAUGGAGGGCCAGGGAAGUGCCAAGAAAUUCAAAAAAGACAAUGAUGCUGAAACCAUCAUAGCUACUGGAGACAUCCAUCAGGGUUUAGAAGACCUUGGCAAGUUCACAUGUUCCCAAGUAUUGAAGGAUGACCCAACCAAGAAAAUGUUAGCAUUAAGAGCUGAUGUAAAAGGCAGUGUCAAUCCAGCAGUUGUAAUUUUUGAGAAAACAGCAUUUUCUGAAGGAAGUGCAAAAGAGAUUUUGAGUUCAGCAACAGCUUUGAAGAAGACCUUCCACAAUGACAUAUAUGGCAACUAUACAGGAUUUCCCAAGCCUGAACUUAAUGGCCUAAAAGUGACUGUGAUACAUCCAGCUACAGACAAGCACAUUGACAAGUACACUGCUCAAGAAUCAAUUUUGGUGAACGAAACACCGAAACUUUACUCAGAAGUUCUCCUGGAACAUCUCAAAGAAUCUUCCAUGAAUAUUCAGUGGGUCUACAACAUCCUGGAGCACCGCAGCGAGGCGGGGCGGAUCGUCUGCGAGGACACCGCCCCGGAGACGGGCUUCGUCCUGCUGCCGGACCUUAAGUGGGACGGCCGCACGCUGGAGACCCUGUACCUGGUGGCGAUCGUGCGCCGGCGGGACCUGCGAUCCCUCCGAGACCUGCGGGCCGAGCACCUGCCGCUGCUGAGGAACAUCUGGACCAAGGGCACGGAAGCGAUUAAGGAGAAAUACGGCGUGCCGGCGUGGCAGCUGAGGGUGUACUUCCACUACCAGCCCUCCUACUACCACCUGCACGUGCACUUCACCUCGGUCCGGUUUGACGCGCCAGGCACGCACGUGGGCAAGGCGCACCUACUGCCGUCCGUGAUCAGCAACAUCGAGCUGCUGCCCGACUACUACCAGCGCGCUACGCUCUCCUACUUCGUGCGCUGUGGCGACCCGCUGGCCGCACGGUUCGCCCGGGCAGGUGUGGGUGCGCGGGAGGCCGACGCGCCGCCGCCGGCGGACGGUGUGCAGAAGUCUGACUCCCUGCCGGAGGAGCGGUGAUGGUCGGCCCAGCCAGAACAGCUGCUGAGCUGUGACCGGAUCGGCGGCGUGGUCACCUGUGCGCCCGCCCUCGGCGUGAGCACGC